GGGGCGGCGGCAGUGCGCUCGGAGCCCAUGGAGGCAGCGGGGCCGCAGGCGACAGCGCUCCCCGCGGGGGAGCCGCAGGCGGGAGCCGAGGAGAUUGACAUGUCUCUGGAUGACAUCAUCAAACGCCACAGGAAUGAGCAGCCAGAUGCCAGCACCGCGGGGGAUGGGCAAAGGCAGGCGGUGAAGAGCAGGAACUCGGCGUACGGGUACGGGCGGCCCCGCUUCCGCGCCUGGACGCAGAGGAGUCCGCAAGGACCUAAAGGUUUCAGAAGAGGCUUUGGACAGCAGCAGUUCAGUGGGAGGCAGUUCAGGAAUGCAGUGCCCAGGCCCAGGAGAAAAGCAGCAGCUGCCUUCAGUGGAGUCAGCCCUUUGAAUCGCCAGGUAUCAGCUCAAGAGGACAGGAACAACGAUGCCUUUGCCAAGAGCAGCAGCGGUGGGCAGCCAGAGGGACGGCGACGGCCACCCCCGGGCCCCAAGAGAUUCGGUGCCGCUGCUGCCAGCACCCAGGCCUCAGGGAGAAGGGGACCAGGCUUCCAGCAGAAGCGGAUGCAGCAGCGGUUCAACAAAGCCAACUUUCAGAGAGGGCAGAUGGAUGCUAACGGCCAAGCGAAACCAGUGAGGCUGAGAAGGUGGAAGGUGAAGCCCAGCCCUGCAGCGGUCCUGACGGUUUCUGUGGCUAAUCCCCAGGCAGGCCAGAGCGGCACGCCUGGGUACCAGCGCCCGUUCCUGCGAAGCCAGAGGCCCCCUCCGCGGCUGGCCAAGCCCCAGCCCAAGGGGGUGCUGCUGAGGUUCAACUUCCGUGCCAUGGCCAACCAGGUAGAGGACUGUCAAUGGGCCAGGAGGCACCUUGCAGCCUGCAGCAGCCCUGCCACUAAGCUGCUAACACCACGCUCAGGUUUUGGGGGCUGCCAGCUGGGUCUGUGUAGCGUGACCCAGCGGGAGGGCCCUGCCACCGCCCUGGCCGGGCUGCUCACACAACUGAAGGCACCUGAGAAGACUGUUCAGCAGCUACAGACUCAGCCCAGUUUCCCACCCUCUGUUGGCCCCUCUUGGCCUGCCCCUGUGCUUGCUCAGAGCUGGGAGAUGCUGCUUGUGAGCGCUCCUGGGCAGGGAAACUGUUUUACUGUCAGUGCUCCCCACUUGCCCGAGACACAUUCUAGGCUUUGCUCUCUCUUUGCUCUGGUGACCUUCUUGGUGCCAGCCAAGUGUGGUCCAAGAGCCCUGGGGGCAGGCCAGAGAUCUUCCUCCACCAUCUUCGGGGACGGCGUUUGUUACCUGGACAGCUUGGUUGUACUGGGUGCCUUGUGCCGGAAUGCCACCUGCUUGCUCCUUGCUCGUGCCAAGGACGCCCAGUGCCUAGGUGCUGGGUGCCGCUGGGAGGUGUGCCAGCCUGCUGAGCUCCUUGCCUCCGUGUGCUGAGUGGUGCAGUGACUAACCGGCUGCCAAGCAGCGUCCUGGCCCGCGGGCUCUAAUCCGUGCCCUGGCCCGGGGCACGGCACUGACUGGCUCUCCUUUCCCUGCAGACCAGCCUGACGCUGGAUGAGAGGUUCUCUGGGCUGAGGAACCGGCGGCGCUUCCCGGCGGCCCGCAGCUCCGGCCGGACGGUCACCAUGGCCUAGCAGCGCU